CGCUUGUCAAAAAAGUUUCUAGAGGUUAUGUUUUUAUUUACCUAUUUUUUAUACCAAAAAGAAUAAUGAUAAGAUUAAAUAGUUGUUACACAAUACAAAAAACGGAUAUCAAUAAAAAGUUCCCGUUAAACACCUAGGAUGGCUUCCAACGAUAUCGUCGUAGUUGGGUCAUGUAUGAUAGAUUUUGUUAGUUAUGCUCCUAGGCUACCCAAACCAGGAGAAACUAUACACGGCAGCGAGUUUGUAACCAAUUUCGGUGGAAAAGGGGCCAAUCAAUGCGUAGCUGCGGCUAAAUUGGGAGGAAAAACAUCACUCGUAACAAGGGUCGGCAACGAUAUUUGGGGGCCGAAGUACAUCGAAAACCUCAAGAAAAAUAACGUCAACACUAAAUUCGUAAACGCCACAGAAAAUUAUUCUACCGGCAUUGCACAAAUCACAGUCGCCGAUACGGGCGAGAAUCAAAUUGUAAUUGUAGCGGGGGCGAACAACCAACUUGGUAUUACAGAUGUAGAUGUGGCUCAAAGUGCGAUAAGUAAAGCUCGUGUGCUAGUUUUACAGCUGGAAACCUCGCAAGACGUAGCUAUUAGAGCCAUACAGCUUUGUAGAGGGAUUUCUAUUUUAAACGGCGCCCCUGCUCUGUCCGAGUACAAUCCUCAGCUGUUAAAGCUGCCUACUAUUUUUUGCGUAAAUGAGUCGGAAGCUUCAAUUUUCACAGGCCUGUCCGUUGAUAGUAUCAGUGAAGCACAAACGGCGGCCGAAGCUUUAAUUUCCAUAGGUUGUAACAGCGUUGUGAUCACUUUAGGAGAAAAAGGGGCAUUGUAUUUAGAUAAAAAUGAAACAUUCCAUGUUAGUUGUCCUCAAGUUAAGUGCAAGGACACUACAGGAGCUGGCGAUGCUUUCAUAGGAGCUCUGGCAUAUCUUUUGGCAAAUGACAAGGAUAUAUCAAUGAGGAAGGCUUUAGAAAAAUCUUGCGUUGCUGCAGCUGAUAGCGUUACAAGAUUAGGUACUCAAAUUAGCUUUCCCGAUGAAAAGAUACUCAAAGAUAACUAAGUACUUAAAUUUUUACUGAUUAUAUAAUAUAUGAGAGUACUUAAUUUUUUGUUGGUAUUUAAGAUGUCUUUUUAUUAGUUGCAUUUACUAUAUUGUUAAUUUAAUAUAUUCUUAACACUAAAUUAUGGAUGUUUUAUUAUUAGAAUUUUUUUUUUAUUUAUUUAUCGACGAUUUGUCAUUACAAAACAUAGAUAAUGUAAUGUUUAUUUAUUUAAACAGUUUGUUCUUCAG